CGGAUAAUGGAUAGGUAUAUAGGCUUCUGACAGAUAUUAGCAGUGAUGAGUGAAAAACUGUUGGUGAAUGAGCAUGUUGCAUAUGUGAAAGAUUUGUUCAGGCAUCCGGCCUACCUCGUGCAUUUUAUGGCAGAACACUUGAAGAUGAACGCUCUCUAUUGGGGGCUGGGGACGUUGUUUCUUGUCAAUCAUACAGAUGAGUUUGCUCGAGAUGAAGUGAUCCAUUUUGUUCUUUCAUGUAUAGAUGAAUCCAACGGUGGGUUCGGUGCCGCUCCAAAUCAUGAUGCGCAUAUGUUGUCCACUUUAUCGGCACUGCAAGUGUUGAAGAUGUACGAUGCGAUUGGGGAAAUGACAUCUGAACAGAGACAGGGAGUUAUCCGAUUUGUGAAAAGUAUGCAGCUUCCAGAUGGUUCAUUCCAAGGUGACCAAUUUGGGGAAGUUGACACCAGAUUUGUAUACAAUGCUCUGCAAUGCUUGUCUAUCUUAGAAGAGCUGGACCCCAGUAUCGUUGAUCCAGCAGUUGACUGGAUCCUUCAAUGUCAAAAUUUUGACGGCUGCUUUGGAAUGGUGCCAGGCUCUGAAUCGCAUGCAGCACAGGGUUUCACAUGCUUAGGAGCAUUAUCCAUUGCCAAUGCCCUAGACAAGCUUCCCAAUAAAGAAAUAUUAGAAUGGUGGCUUUCGGAUCGCCAAGUUGACAGUGGAGGCUUAAACGGAAGGCCCGAGAAACUCCCCGAUGUUUGCUACAGCUGGUGGGUUCUCUCUUCGCUAGCCAUGCUUGGGAAACUGCAUUACAUCGAUGGUAAGAAGCUUCAGAAAUUCAUCUUAUCAUGUCAAGAUGCCGAGAAAGGAGGUAUAAGCGAUCGUAAAGACAAGGAAGUCGACAUAUAUCAUACCUUUUUUGGCAUUGCCGGGCUCAGCUUACUUGGAUACAAGAAUCUACGAAAAGUAGACCCAAUAUAUUGCCUCCCUGUUGAUGUCACGUCAACAAUCAAGAAAUAUCCAUACCCUUAAUAAUGCAUAUCAAAGUGACAUACUGUUUCAUUCCUUUUUAGAAUGUCAUGUGUUCUAUAUAUUGCUACUAGUUAAUACACCACUCUCAUUUUAGCAGUUUGUGAACUCGGAUAAUAUUCCAGAUAGUUUGCUCGUCCGUUAUCGUAAAAUUUCCCCACAUUUGACACUAGGCAGCCUUUGUACAUAGUA